UAUUGAACCGCAUUUCCCUAUCCCUAUUCUACUUUUCUUUCAUCUUCGGUGUUCAUGGUCCUUCUUUUCCAACAAGUACCGCUCCUAGUAAGUUUUUGAAUCUCUGUUCAGAACCCUGCCUCAUUUCCAUGACUUCCGAGCUUCCACUUACCAGGCCCUGAAUUUUCAAAUUAGGGUUUAAACAAAAACUCUGCUGUUUUGGCAAAACAACAAGUUUCUCGCGUCAUAAUUCAGAACUAAGUGCCAUUGGAUAGGCUGUGUGAAUAUGGGUGUCGAGGAGCAAGGCGAGGAGAUUAAUGUACAGUCUAUGAUAGAGCAGCUUGCUCAGGCAUUUCUUGAAUUGGAAGCUCAGAAGGGUGAUUCUGAGAAUAAGAUUCAAUGGCUUGAAAUUAAGCAAUAUUUUCAUGACCUUGAGACAGAAUUGAAUAAGAAACAUGAAGAGCUGGAAGCUAAGGAGAGGAAGUAUGAAGCAAAACAAUUAGAAGUGGAUACAAUCCUUGCAGAGAGGAAAGCAGCAGUUGCUUCUAAAGAGCAAGAUCUCUUAGAUCGGUUGCAGGAGCUUAAAGAUGCUGCUGUAGCUUCCAUUGUAGAGGCUCAUGCAACUCUGGAUUCGGUGCGUGAUGAGGAGAAUAAAGAUAACAAGGUAAGCAGCUCUCUUGGCGAUACAAAUUCCUCAGAGGACGAUGUUCCUCAUAAGUCAGGUGAAAAGUCUGAAGCCGUGGCUGUUGAGGUUAGGCCACAUCCAGCGCUGACACAUUUUUGUGAGCAAAUGGAUGCGAAAGGUCUUCUGAAUUAUAUUGUGGAGAAUAAAAAAAAUUUGUUUGUUAUUCGUGAAGAAAUUUCUGUUGCAUUAGAAAAAGCAACUGAUCCAGCACGUUUGGUGCUGGAUUCACUGGAGGGGUUUUACCCCACCAAUGAAACUUCCCAAACUAAAGAUAAAAUGGGUGCUGCCCUACAGGGCAUGCGCAAAUCCUGUAUUAUAAUUUUGGAAGCCAUGGCCACCUUAUUGGCAAGGGCUGACCCAGGUGCAGAUCACCUUCUGAACCCUGAAACCAAGCAGCAAGCCAAAGCAAUUGCUGAUGAGUGGAGGCCCAAGUUAGCUAGAGCAGAUAUUGAUGCUGCCAAUGGAAAUUCAUUGGAAGUAGAGGCAUUCUUGCAGCUUAUUUCAACUUUUAGGAUUGCUUCAGAGUUUGAUGAAGAAGAACUCUGCAAGCUUGUACUUGCAGUUGCUCAGCUUAGGCAGACAACUGAGCUCUGCCGCUCUAUUGGGUUAAUUCACAAAAUGCCAGCUGUUGUAGAAUCAUUAAUCCAUAAUGAGAAGCAAAUAGCAGCUGUACAUUUUAUUCAUGCCUUCCAGCUUCAAGAAAGCUUUCCCCCUGUGCCCCUUCUGAAGGUAUACCUCAAGAAUCGAAGGAGAAAUUCUCAAGUAAAGACCGGAAAUGUGCGUGAUAUUGCUAGUGCAAAGAAUGAUGCCAAUGCACAAGAGCUUGCAGCUCUAAAAGCUGUAAUUAAGUGUAUUGAAGAAUACAAACUGGAGUCUGACUACCCACUUGAUACACUUCUAAAAAGGGUUAUUCAGCUAGAAAAAUCGAAGGGUGAUAAAAAGAGAAGUGGAGAGUUUAGUAGGCGCCCACCAUCAAAGAGGCCAAGACCUAAUGAGAGAUAUUUUUCGCUCCAUUCAUCUGGUGGCAGCGCUGCAUCAACUGUUGUUUUGGGUAGGCAAGUUCCCCCUGUUAGGGUACCAUAUGCAGGAAGUUCUGAUAGGUAUCCCCUUGUUGGAAAUCCUGAUAGGUAUCCCCAUGCUGGUACAAUAACAUACGAUUAUCAAGUACCUGGCCAAUCUAUAUACACUGGAACAGCGAAUGCCCCUCCUUCUAACUAUGGUCGUUAUAUGGGUACUAGUUUGCAAUCCUCGCACCAGCCAUACCUUUGAUUCAUUGCAUUCAAGUAUUAGUGGAAAGACUACAGAAAUAGAGCGAUCAACUCAUUAGUAUAUGUUUGGUUUUCCAUUGAAAUAGAGCCUAAUGUAUGUUUAUCAGAAAGCAACUAGUUACUUUUUGUUCGCGUGCUCGAGGAUGUGUUAAUGGAAAAUCAAACUUAAUGAUUCUAUGUUUUUGUUUUAUUUUUGAGCUUCUUAUGAUGCCAAAGGGCAGGUGCACUCUUACAUUUUCAUCCAAUGGUAUCUUGUUAUAUUUUUUAUUUUUGGAGAGGUAUGAAAAUUUCUCUAUCUGAUGUUAGUAAGAGUGGCCAUUGUAUUGAUAUUUUUUUGGAAACAAUCAAGCAGUAGUAUAAAUCUGACCUUUACACUUCA